UUUGGACCUGUAUAAAAGACAAGUCAUUCCUGCCUAACACCCAUACCCCUGCAGCACAAUGAAGAUUCUCAUUGUUCUCAGUGUCCUGGUAGCAGUUUCCAACGCCAAAGUCCUUGGAAGAUGUGAAGUUGUUGACAUUAUAAAAAGCUCCCAGCUACAUCAGUUCACUCAAUAUUCCGUUGUGGAUUGGGUGUGCCUGGCUUACCAUGCAAGUGGUUACAACACGAUGGAAGUGGGUCGAGAGACAAAGGAUGGAAAAAUAUGGGCCACUAACUACGGGAUUUUCCAGAUCAGUAGCAGAUAUUGGUGCAAUAAUGACCAAACCCCCGAUGCUGUAAACGGCUGUGGAAUACGGUGCAGCGAGCUCCUGGGAGAUGACUUGCAAUCUGAUAUUGAGUGUGCAGCCAAAAUAGCCAGCCAAGAAGGAAUGGAAGCUUGGAGCACCUGGGUGGAGAACUGCAAAAAUAAAUGGAUUGGCUACUACUCCUAUUUUUGCUUCUGAAGCUGGAGCAGAUCUUAACUGAUCAGAAGUGUGUGGUGUCAGACACAUUAUCGAACCCAAGUCUCCCCCAUCUUCACUAAAUGAAAAGCUGUGCACAAAAGGGACUUUCCCUCUAUCUAA